CCUCCUUGUUCGGUGUUGUCGUCCCGCUUGACUCCAGCGGGGCGGUAGGGUCUGUGCGGAUAUUCAGCUAUGGAGUCGAGGUAGGGAGUACUCCGCAGAGACUCGGCCAGCAAACUUAUUUGAAUGCAGGGUCAGGCUACCAGGUAAGAACCUCUGCGAACUCGAAGCAGCCUCGAAGCCACCUGGGAGCACCCGGUGGCGGGCCUGGUCCAGAGAACACACCCCCUCGUCUGCUUUUCGUAAAAGGUGAUUUUCCAGCAAGAUGCUGCUCUCCAUAGGGAUGCUCAUGCUGUCGGCUACACAAGUCUACACCAUCCUGACAGUGCAGCUCUUUGCAUUCUUAAACCUACUGCCUGUAGAAGCAGACAUUUUAGCAUAUAAUUUUGAAAAUGUGUCUCAGACAUUUGAUGACCUUCCAGCAAGAUUUGGUUAUAGACUUCCAGCUGAAGGUUUAAAGGGUUUUUUGAUUAGCUCAAAACCAGAGAAUGCCUGUGAACCCAUAGUGCCUCCACCACUAAAAGACAAUUCAUCUGGAACUUUCAUCGUGCUAAUUAGAAGACUUGAUUGUAAUUUUGAUGUAAAGGUUUUGAAUGCACAGAGAGCAGGAUACAAAGCAGCCAUAGUUCACAAUGUUGAUUCUGAUGAGCUCAUUGGCAUGGGAUCCAACGACAUUGGUCUGUUAAAGAAAAUUGACAUACCAUCUGUCUUUAUUGGAGAAUCAUCAGCUAAUUCCCUGAAGGAUGAAUUCACAUAUGAAAGAGGGGGCCACAUUAUCUUAGUUCCAGAAUUUAGCCUUCCUCUGGAAUACUACCUAAUUCCCUUCCUUAUCAUAGUGGGCAUCUGUCUCAUCUUGAUAGUCAUUUUCAUGAUCACAAAAUUUGUCCAGGAUAGACAUAGAGCUAGAAGAAACAGACUUCGUAAAGAUCAACUUAAGAAACUCCCUAUACAUAAAUUUAAAAAAGGAGAUGAAUAUGAUGUAUGUGCCAUUUGUUUGGAUGAAUAUGAAGAUGGAGAUAAGCUCAGAAUCCUUCCCUGUUCCCAUGCUUAUCACUGCAAGUGUGUAGAUCCUUGGCUAACUAAAACCAAAAAAACCUGCCCAGUCUGCAAGCAAAAAGUUGUUUCUUCUCAAGGUGAUUCAGACUCUGACACAGACAGUAGUCAAGAAAACGAAGUGUCAGAACACACCCCUCUACUUCGACCUUUGGCUGCUGUCAGCACCCAGUCAUUUGGCGCUUUGUCAGAAUCUCACUCACAUCAAAACCUGACAGAAUCUUCAGACUAUGAGGAAGAUGACAAUGAAGAUACUGACAGUAGUGAUGCAGAAAACGAGAUUAAUGAACAUAGUGUUGUGGUUCAACUGCAGUCUAAUGGUGAACGGGAUUAUAACAUAGCAAAUACUGUUUGACCCAAUCAGGGGCUGACUGGGUUAAUUCCCUUCAAAAUGUUUAUUUAGGAAUAUAAUUUGAUUUUUUUUGCUCCCUUUACAGAUUUCUGUAGAAAUAACUUAUUUUUAGUAUUCUACACUUUAAUCUUACUGAAACCAUUUUUUAAAAAAAAUCUAGUGUUUAUCUGGACUGUACUUCAUUUUACUAAUAAGUAUUAACAGACUGUUGCUGUAACUCAAGCAUUAAGUCAGCUCUUAUUUUGGAAUGAAAUAUAGCCAAAACAUUAAUUUUUUUUCAGUAUAGCUUGCAAUUAAGACCUAGGUCACAGUAUGCAAAUUUUGUGUUUUACACACAAGGUCAGUGCUGUGGCCACCUAGCAUGAGCUAAGCCAACUUCCAUCUCCAUAAAGUCACCUAGAGUUGUUGAGGUGGAAUGUUUGAUCUGACUAUUACCCUAAAUUGCCAUCAUUAGGGAGAGGCAACAAGGUAAUUUAGCAUUUUUCCUCCUGUUGGCAUCACAAACUCAAAGCCAUCUUUCUCCUUUCUAUUCCAAGUAGUCUUCUUACUCUGAAGGGAACAGUCUGUAUUGGUGCAGAUUUCAAGUUUUAAGGUUUCUAAUACUAUAUAGUAUUAUGUAUGAAAUUGAUUCAUCAGAUAAAGUAAUAUGUUGCUGUACUUAAGUUACUGAAUUUCAGUAUCCUUACAGGGUUUUGUGUUGUGAUCAAAGCAAAAAGGAAGUGCUACACAAAAAUACCAAACUUCAACUUUUAACACACAGAUCAUAUACCUCUUAAUAAAGAGCAUCUUAUGCUAAUUAUUAGCCCUGCUACAUUAUGUACAGAGGAAAUUGUUCAAAUAUUGGAUUUGAAAAUAAUUGCUUAUGUUUAACAGAACUAAUGAUCUAUUUAAACAAUGUAUUAUGAAAAGCUAAAUUAUAUUAUACAUCAUUGUAACUACAUACAAAAUAUAGACUUAAGGUAUAAUCAAAAUGCUAAGAAUUUUUAUAUGGCCUUGUACGAAGGGAGUUUGAAUGUUAAUAAACACAUUUUUCUACUUCAAAAACUUUAUUUGUUGUACUAUAAUACCCAACAUUGGCCUUAUUUUUCUAUGCAGUGCUAUAAAGAUGUAACAAUUAAGGUAGUUUAGAUCAGAUAAAUACUCAUCAGCUUAGAAUUUUAUACAAGGUAACUAACUACUCAGAAGCAACUAGGUAAUUCUCCCAAAAGUUAAAACUGCAGCCAAAAUAAUUCCAACAAUAGUGUACAUUUUGGCACCCUACUGUAAUUAUAGUACAUCUUUACAGUAGAUUGCUACACAGCCUUGAAAAGAUAAAGUAUAUAUCUGCACUGACAUGGUAAAUUGUUAAUGAAAGCAUAUUAGAAAAUAGUGAGUACACUAGGGAGAUAAGCCUUUGUUAUAAGAAAAAAUUUAAUUUUAAAAGAAAUGUAACACUAUUAGAGGGAAUUUCAUUUUCUGAACUGCUUUUUAGAAAAAUUCUUAUAAAUAACCAAAAAAUAGUUAUUGCUGCUUAUGAAAAUAAAAGUUCAGCCCUGAUUGGUGUAACUCAGUGGAUUUAGUGCUGGCCUGCAAACCAAAAGGGUCACUGGUUUAAUUCCCAGUCAGGGCACGUGCCUGGGUUGCAGGCCAGGUCCCCAGUUGGGGGCACAAGAGGCAAUGGAUCCAUGUAGCUCUUGCACAUCAAUGUUUCCCUCCCUCUUUCUCUUCCCGUCCCCUCUCUCAAAAAAUAAAAUCUUAAAAAAAAAAAGUUAAAUUGUCUACUAUCUGAUACCACCUCAUUUCCAUCUUUUAAAAAUAAAACAAAGGCAUGAAAAACAGCACAGUCAUUUACUAUAUAUAGUUAGCAGAGCUUUGGAAUUUGGUCAUUUGUAUUUCAUUUAACCUAAGGUAUGGUGUGAGGACAAAACAUUGAACUUAAUCCCUGGCACAAAAAUAUAUGAUAAUGUAAUAGCUCUCAUAGUUUUUAAAUAAAAACAUCAUACCUAAAACACUUUUUUAAACAGGGGAAAGUCACUAUGAUAUAUAUGAGAUACUGUUUCCUUCAGUUCUUAAUCCACGGUUCAGAUCAAAGAACCUGGUUCAAGUUAGAAGUUUUUCUGAAGUAAAAAUUACUUUUUAAAAAAACUCCAUGCUGUUAGUUUUAGUUGUAAAAUUUAUGAAGUGUCUUAAAUAGCACUGUCUACGAUUGGGCUAGUCCUAAUCUUCACUUGAAAUCUUUUAUCUAAGUUUCUUCAUGGUAUAACUGGGACAUUAAAUAAAACUGAAGUCCAAUUUCUAUUCAGUAUCUUUAUAAUUAAAGUUUUUUCUGCUGUAAAAGGACAGUCAUCUGAAAACUUACCCUGGAAAUAAAUUUAUCUUGAUAUUUUACCUUCAGAAAUACAUAUGUAAAAUACAUGUAUAUAUUGUACAUUGUAUUUACUGUAUUUCACCAUGUAUAAAUGUGCUCCCAUGUACAAUGCACACCAUUUUUGUGCACAUUAUACACAGGGUUCUUCUGCCUAUUAUACCCAUGGUAUGUAAUCAUUAUACCCAGGUAUAAUGCAAAUCCUUAUUUUCCCCUUAAAAAUUUGGGCAAAAAAGUGCAUUAUACACAGCAAAAUAUGGUUAUACUGUACUAACAUCUGCUUAUAUCCUCUUAUAUUUUACAUUCAUUAGUGAGCAUUUUCUUGUGUCACUCUUCGAUGACUAUUUUA